GUUCUCGUUUCGCAAGAUCUGAGUUUGCGCCUUCUGUUCUUCUCCAUACAAAACGAGUCAACCCAGACGAGUGAGGCUCUGCAAGUGUUUUCCGGUGGUUUUAUCUGAAGGAGAUUUUUCGUCCGGCGAUCCGGGUCGAAUCCGAGGAGGAUGGCGGAUCCGGCGAGCACAAAGCUUGGCAGGAUGCUAUUAGACCAGAUCACUCCGGCGGUCAUGGUACUCCGUACGCCGCUUGUCGAGGAGGCCUGCCAGAAAAACGGAUUAUCUCUCGUUGAAAUGCUCGAGCCCUUCAGCGAAUUCAAAAAUAUUGAUGUGCCAGUGAGGACUGCUAGUGACCAGCCUUACAGACUGAGGAGAUUUAAGUUGAGAUUUUUUUAUAAUUCGGCAAUUCGGCAGCCAAACAUUGAGGCAACCAAGGAGAGGUUAAAACAAGUUAUCACCCUUGCAGGAGAUGGAGAUGUUUCUGAGCUGGGUUCAGGUCCGCUAGACAUUGAGUCUUUAAUAGCAUCCACUGAGCAAGGGUUUGUGCCAUCGUGGUUUCAAAAGUUUAACAAAGAGCUGGUAGAUGCUGUCUCCUUUUCAGAACAUGAAGCUUUUGAUCAUCCAGUUGCCUGUCUUGUUGCUGUUUCUUCAAACGAUAAAGAUCCUAUUGACAAAUUUAUUGAUCUCUUCAAUCCGAGCCAGUUGCCUUCUCUCCUCAAUGAUGGUGCAAUGGAUCCAAAGAUUCCGAAGUAUUUCUUGUUGGUUCAUGAUAAUCAAGAUGGCAUGUUAGAAAAAGCUACUGGAAUUUUUACAGAAAUGAGGAAUAAGUAUGGUGCAAAUGAUUGCCAUUUGUUGUGUAUAAACUCUUCUGAUGGUGGCAUGAACGAACAUCAUGAAAAUCCAUGGGCAUCUUAUAAAAAUAUCAACUCAAAGGACAAGCAAGUAGGCUGUUUCCUCAAUAUGGAUGAUAUAGAAGAGUUGAGAAAUACAAUACAUGAUCUUUCAUCUAAACGCAUCAUUCCCCAUAUGGAGCUCAAAAUUCGUGUGCUUAAUCAGCAGGUUUCUGCAACUAGGAAGGGUUUCAGAAACCAGAUAAAAAAUUUAUGGUGGAGAAAAGGAAAAGAUGAUGUGCCUGAGAAUCCAAAUGGAUCUACGUACACUUUUAGCUCCAUAGAAUCUCAGAUAAGAGUUUUGGGUGACUAUGCUUUCAUGUUACAAGACUAUGAACUUGCAUUAUCAAACUAUCGGCUUAUAUCUACCGAUUACAAGCUUGAUAAAGCGUGGAAACGUUAUGCUGGUGUUCAGGAAAUUAUGGGACUGACUUAUUUUAUGUUGGAUCAAUCAAGAAAAGAUGCUGAGUACUGCAUGGAGAAUGCAUUUAGCACAUAUUUGAAAAUCGGGCAAUUUGGAUGGCGGAAUGCUACACGAUGUGGUAUUUGGUGGGCUGAAAUGUUGAAGGCUAGGAAUCAAUUUAAUGAUGCUGCAGGUGUCUAUUUUCGUAUCUCUGGUGAGGAUCCUCUUCACUCUGCUGUUAUGCUUGAACAAGCUUCAUACUGUUACUUGUUAUCCAAACCAACCAUGCUACGGAAGUAUGGCUUUCAUCUUGUUCUUUCUGGAGACCUAUACAAGAAAUCUGAUCAGUUAAAACAUGCAAUCAGAACUUACAGGGGAGCUCUUUUAGUUUUCAAAGGCACAGCUUGGAGCCAUAUCAGGGACCAUGUUCAUUUCCACAUUGGAAAGUGGUAUGGAUUUUUGGGGAUGUUUGAUGAGGCUAUCAAAAACAUGCUAGAAGUCCUGGUGUGCGUCCAUCAGUCCAGGACCACUCAGGAGUUGUUUUUGAGAGACUUUUUUCAGAUCAUUCAGGACACAGGAAAAACAUUUGAGUUGCUGAGGCUUCAAUUACCUGCAAUUAACUUUCCUCUGAAUAAAGUUGUUUUCGAAGAUCAUCGGACAUAUGCAUCUCCUGCAGCUGCCAGUGUUAAAGAAACUAUGUGGCAAUCGUUGGAGGAGGAUUUGAUUCCAUCAUUGUCAGUUAUGAAGACUAACUGGCUGGACUCUCAAUCAAAGACUUUACCAAAGAAGUACAAAGAAUCAAAUGUUUGUGUUGCUGGAGAGGCCAUCAAGGUUGACAUUAGCUUUAAAAACCCUCUUCAGUUUCCUAUUUCUGUCUCAAAUGUUUCUCUAAUAUGCAAACAUUCGGCUGCAUAUGAUGAAACUGAAUCAGGUGCAAAUGGCUCUUUAAAUGAUUUUCAGAAUGAGGAGUUGAGAACUGUAUCAACUAGUGGGGACUCCCACUCGGAAGGAUCUUUAUUUACUUUAUCAGAAGUUGACAUUGCAAUGAAAGGAGGUGAAACUACUUUGGUUCAGCUAACAGUCACUCCCAAGGCAGAAGGCACUCUAGAAGUGGUUGGUGUUAGGUGGAAACUCUCUAACUCAGUGAUUGGAAUUCAUAACUUCAGCCCAGAUGCUAUGAAGAAGAAAUUUCCUAAAGGGAAAAAGAAAGCAAAACAGUCGGGUAAAGAUAAGCUGCAGUUCCUGGUGAUUAAGAGUCUACCCAGGCUUGAGGGUGCUAUUCACACCUUCCCUAAAUCUGUAUAUGCUGGAGAUCUCCGUCAGCUUACUUUAGAGUUGAAGAAUCCAUCCAAGCUAUCUGUGAAGAAUUUGAAGAUGAGGAUCAGUCAUCCUAGAUUUCUUAACGUUGCUGAUGAGGAUGUCAUGAACUCAGAAUUUCCAUCUUGCCUUAGGAAGCAGGAAAAUUUGUCAGAAACUUGCACACAAGUGGAUGUUGCUAAAGCAGCCAAUAGCAUAUUUGUGUUCCCUGAGACAAGGGCAAUUUCAUGGGAAACACCACUCAAGUGGCCCCUUUGGUUUAGGGCCGCAGCAGCUGGAAGCAUUUCACUUUACAUAAUUAUUUACUAUGAAAUAGAAGAUGGAUCAUCUGUUUUACCGUAUCGGACUUUAUGCAUGCACUACAACUUCGAGGUGCUUCCAUCACUUGAGGUGUCAUUCCAAACCAGCCCUUGUCCAUCCAAAUUGCAAGAAUUCCUUGUACAGAUGGAUGUUAUAAACAGAACCACUUCAGAAAGUUUCCAGCUUCGUCAACUGUCAUCUGUUGGAGAUCAGUGGGAACUUUCAAUGCUCCAACCCAUGGAUUCUGCCUCUUCUUUGGAACCUUUAGUGGCUGGUCAGGCUUUAUCAUACUUCUUCAAGCUAAAGAAUCGCAAAACACAAGGACAUAUUGAAGAUGAGAGAUCACUUUCUAAAUCAGGGAUGCCAGAUGUGAGACUUGAUGGUGAUUCAAGAGGGUUCUUUGAUGCCUCUUCUUCUCCCCUUGUUCUUUUUCACCAUCAUGAAAGAUUGCAUCAAGAAAGAGAGGAGCUUCUGGAAUUUCAUCAGGAUCAUGAAGGCACAGUUGAUUUCAUCUUCAUAUACGAAUCACAGAGUGACAGCGAUUCAGGGCCUCCAAAGACUGCAGAAUUGUUCUCUCACCAUACCUGCCAUUGCUGCAUCGCAAGCAAAACCCCAAUAUGGUGGAAAAUGGAUGGCCCCAAGUCAAUUCGACAUGACUUCUCUUUGGCUUUAUGCGAAAUAAACCUGAAUAUGACCGUCUCCAACUCCUCGGAAGACCUCAUAUCAGUUCGUAUCAUCACCCUCGAUGGCCCGAAUGCUGUAAGCUCAUUGACCAGUGGUACUUCAAACUCUGGAAGUGAAGUGGGAUGGCAUGACACAUCCCAUCCCAGUGAGAUUCGAGUGGCAGCUGAUGCAUUGGGAGCUCGAGCCGGCAGGCCUCAUUCAAUCGAAAGUGUUCCACCAUUCAUUUGGUCUGGAACAAGUUCAACCCGGUUCAACCUCGAGCUGAGAUCUUCUGUCCAAGUUCCUCUUCAGAUUUGUGUGUUCGCCCCAGGUACAUAUGACUUAUCAAACUACUUGUUGCACUGGAAUUUUGUGUCGUCAAACGAUGGAGAAGAUGAGCUUGGAUCCAAAGCGUUGUCGUCGGGGACAUGCCAGGGCCAUUCUUAUCAUAUCACCGUGCUGCAGAAAGAAUGAAUUUAGCCCCAAAAUUACAUGUCUUCCUGAACCUGAAUAUUGUUUGAAUUAAUUCUUGAGUACGUGCUUGCAUUUUGUAAAGUUUUUUGUCGAUUUCUUGUACUAAUUAUUGUAGCAACAGACAAUAUUCAUUGAGGCCGGCUUUGGACGGCAGCUUAGCUUAUACACAAAAUUAUCCAUCCCCACUAAUAAUCAGUAGAGAGAGUAGAGUAGCUGCUGACUGCACAUCACAAACGCCGUUAGUGUGUCAUCACAAAUAUUAUUUGUUAAAAUAAAAUCAAUCUAAUUAUGAAUAGACAAAAUAUUUUCUCAUCACUACUGUACGUACAAGUUUAAAAAACUGCAAAAAAAAAAAAAAAAAAAAAAAAAAAGAAUAAUAGAGUAAUAAUAAUAAAUAACGAUAAUAAUGAGGCAAAGAAAGUAGUAGUAAAUACAAUCACAAAAUCGAGAAAUCUCAAAAAAAAAAAAAAAAAACAA